AUGGAAGUAAAUUGUUUAACACUGAAAGACCUGAUCAACCCCAGGCAGCCCAGACUAGAUUUUACAACUGAAGAUGGGGAAAAUGCACAAAAGGAAAAUGUAUUCGUUGAUCGAUCAAGAAUGGCCCCGAAGACUCCCAUAAAAAGUGAACCAAUUGACUUAUCGAAGCAAAAAAUCUUCACUCCAGAAAGAAAUCCCAUUACUCCAGUAAAGCUUGUCGACAGACAGCAGACGGAACCGUGGACGCCCACAGCCAACCUAAAGAUGCUCAUCAGUGCCGCCAGCCCGGAUAUAAGGGAUUGGGAGAAGAGAAAGGGACUGUUCAGGCCCAUCGAGAACAAGGACGAAGUGUUUGCAGACCCUCUGCAGCUUCAUGUUGUUGGGAACAGUGCUGUGGACAAAUUUGAAAAGCGAAGAACAAGCAGAAAACAGAAAAGUUUAGGACUCCUGUGCCAGAAGUUUCUAGCUCGCUAUCCAAGUUACCCCUUGUCAACUGAGAAAACUACCAUCUCCCUAGAUGAAGUUGCUGUCAGUCUUGGCGUUGAACGGAGACGCAUCUAUGACAUUGUAAAUGUACUGGAGUCACUGCAUCUAGUCAGCCGGGUGGCUAAGAAUCAGUAUGGCUGGCAUGGGCGGCACAGCCUGCCAAAAACCCUGAGGAACCUCCAGAGACUGGGAGAGGAGCAGAAAUAUGAGGAGCAGAUGGCAUACCUCCAGCAGAAAGAGCUAGACCUGAUGGAUUUUAAAUUUGGAGAACGUAAAAAAGAUGGCUACCCAGACCCCCAAGACCAGCAGUUACUGGAUUUCUCUGAGCCCGACUAUCCCUCUUCAUCUGCAAACAGAAAAGACAAGUCUCUGAGAAUCAUGAGCCAGAAGUUUGUCAUGUUGUUCCUCGUCUCUAAAACCAAGAUUGUUACUCUUGAUGUGGCUGCCAAAAUACUGAUAGAAGAAAGCCAGGACACGCCAGACCACAGUAAAUUUAAAACAAAGGUACGACGCCUCUAUGACAUAGCCAAUGUCCUGACCAGCUUGGCUCUGAUCAAGAAAGUGCACGUGACAGAAGAGCGAGGCCGCAAACCAGCCUUCAAGUGGAUCGGGCCUGUGGACUUCAGUUCCAGCGAUGAAGAACUAGUGGAUGUUUCUGCAUCUGUCUUACCAGAAAUGAAAAGAGAAACAUAUAGCCAAAUUCAAGUCUGUGCAAAACAGAAGCUGUCUCGUCAUGGUUCUUUUAACACAGUUCAGGCUUCUGAGCAGAUUCACAGGAGAGCGAACUCCGAACCCAGCAGCCCUGCCAGAGAAGAACAAGGAUCAGGCAGCUUCUCCUUAGAAAUUGGAAGUCUGGCAGCUGUUUACCGACAGAAAAUAGAAGACAGUUCACAGAGGAAAGCUUUUGACAGUAAGAAAGUGAUGCCUCCUUCAAGCAGCCUGGACCCCCUUGCUCCUUUCCCUGUCCGCUCUGUGGACUCAGAAUACUGUGUUAAUUCUUUAGCCCACCAGGUAUUUUCUGCACCUCAAACGGACUUGCAUGCCUUCUCCAUGCAUAAUGGCCUGAAUAAACAAGCGGGUGUCUCACGUGCUCCUGCGGCCUUAGAUGUGGAGGGCCUGAAGCCAGCCUUGCUAGCAGGCCAGCCCUUGCUGUAUGUGCCCUCAACCUCUCUGUUCAUGCUGUAUGGGAGCCUGCAGGAAGGGCCGUCUCCGGCGCCAGGGUCAGAGAGGGACAGCAGCAGCUCAGACGUCUCCGCGGCAGCAGAGCUGUCUUCUACACCCGCAGCACAGAAGCGCCUCGGUGAGGACAGAGAGCCUGAGGAGGAGGGGGAGCCGGCCACUAAAAGACAAAGUAUGGACUAUGAAGUUGGCCCUCUCUCUCUUGUAAUGCCCAAGAAACCCCCAGACUCCACAGACUUUGCCUCUCCCAAGACGCUGAGUAACAGGGGACCUGUGCCCCUCGAAGACAUGCACUUGAAUAGCCAACUCCCUGCUGUGAAGGAAGUUUGGGGAAAGGCUACAGCAAACAACUUCGUUUCUUCAGAGUGGGGAAAUCUUUCAAGAAAUACAGAGAUGGAAAAGCCUUCAAAAGAAAACGAGGGCACCAAAGAGCCCUCUUUGCUUCAGUGUCUUUAUCUGCAGUCACCGACUGGAUUAAAUGGUCUCGGUGUGCUCCUACCAGGCAGUCAGACCCCUCAUGCUGCGGGACCACCUUCAGGUCAGCGGCCACCCCUCAGCGUCCCUUGCAUGGUCUUACCACCUUCGACACUGGGCCCGUUUCCUGUUCUCUACUCUCCGACGAUGGCCAGACCGGUUUCCCCGGCUCCUGGCACUCUCCCGCACCCGGGACCUGUGCAUUUUGGCUUGCCAGGCCUCGGACCAGCGCCUCAUAUUCUCAUCAGCCCUGCAGCCGUGGUUAAUCCAAAGUCCUCAACGCUCCUUUCUGCAGACCCUCAGCUUCAGGGUCCUCACUCACUUACCCAGAGUCCAGCGAUGUCCAGACCACACAACAUCAUCCAGCCCGAGUCCCCCGUUCAUGAGGGACACCCAGGAUCUGUGGUAAAAUUACAGCAGUCACCAGCUCCAGUGACCCCCAAGAGCAUCCGACACACACAGCGUGAGACAUUCUUCAAGACGCCCGGCAGCCUCGGAGACCAUGUCCUUAGGAGAAGAGAAAGCAAACAGUUGCAGAACACCAGCUCAGCACAGAGACGACUUGAGAUACCCAGCAGCGGGGCCGACUAA